CACAAACUCAUGAAAUCGUGUGGCAGAGAAUUCAGAUAGAACUCCAUUCCCAAAUCCUCUUUUUCUCUCUACUCCAAUCACCACACUCACCAGUGAACCACAAAACACUCAAACACAGCUAGGGAGAAAAAAACCUCCAAAUCCUCCAAAAUCACCACCGCAAUGGCCACAAUGAUCAUCGCUUCAUCCAAACCAGUAAUCCGAAUCCCCACAAACUCCCUCCCCACCAUCCCCAAACUCCCCUCCCUCCCCUCCCUCCAACUCCCCCUCCCAACCAUCUCCCCCAAACUCAAACUCCAUCUCUCCAAACUCAAAUCCCUAACCCUAGCCGCAACCCCCCUCUCCCUCCCCUUCGCCUUCGCACCCCCCUCCUUCGCCUUCGAAAAAGCCGCACUCUUCGACUUCAACCUCACCCUCCCCAUCAUCGUCGUCGAGUUCCUCUUCCUCAUGGUCGCCCUCGACAAACUCUACUUCACGCCCCUCGGAAACUUCAUGGACGAACGGGACGCUUCCAUCCGAGGCAAACUCGACAGCGUGAAGGACACCUCCGAGGAAGUGAAGCAGCUGGAAGAUCAGGCCAACGCCGUUCUUCGAGCGGCGAGGGCGGAGAUCGCGGUGGCGCUGAACCAGAUGAAGAAGGAGACGCAGGCUGAAGUGGAAGAGAAGAUCGCGGAAGGGAGGAAGAAAGUGGACGCGGAAUUGGAAGAGGCGCUUGCGAAUUUGGAAAGGCAGAAGGAAGAAACGAUUAAGGCUCUUGAUUCGCAGAUUGCGGCUCUUAGCGAAGACAUUGUUAAGAAGGUUCUUCCCACUGCUUAAUCACUCACUUUAUGUAAUUCUAUCCAUAUAUAAAUUUCAAUCCACACUCAAUGGAUCCAUUGUAAUUUUAGUUCUUUUUUCUGUUUUGUAAUUUCAAAUGUUGUAUCCCAAAACAAUUUUAUAAUUCUAUGUAUAAUCAUAAUUUCAAAUGUUGUAUCUGAAAACAAGUGUUUUUUUUUUUU